UGGAAAUUCCCUUCCCCAAUCUAGAAACUCAAUCUUCUAAACCCUUUCUCGGUUCCGUUAUCUCUGUCAGUAUCACGAACUUCGGAGAAGGAUUCACAAUUCAAUCUUCCGAGAUUUUCCAUUGCUCAUUCCUUUGAAGAAAGAUUAAGAAGGGGGAGAAAGGAGAGAGAGGUCUGGUUUCUUCUUACUUUGGUUUAAUGGGGGAGUGGAGUUAUUCCCGAAGGAGACCUAGGACGCAUCAAAAGGAUGCUGGAUGGCCCAAAGGGACGUCUAGAUACGGCGGCUUGCCGCCUUCUUCUGGACAUUCUUGCAAUUCCGUUCCGCCUUGGGAGAUAAAAUUCUGCAGCCAAAUUCCUUGGGGGAAAUUCUGCGAAGACAAGAAACUCACUCAUUUGUUCGAAAAUGUGCUCAACUGGGACGACUCGGCCGGAAAAGAAUCAUUCGAUAAUGCAAAGGCUCGUUACUGGGCUGAAAUUAACGGCCUCCACUGCGACAUCCCCUUCCCCAAUCCCGAUAUGUACAUCGAUGUGGUCGAUCAAGACGCUUUUCUCGAUCCUCGGCUGGUGGAGGAUUUGUAUAAGCCACCACCACUGCCGCCACCAACUCAUAAAGAGUUUCCAGACUACAACUCAAUAAAAAUCAUACCAACUGGAUGGGAUGUAGAGGAUCCAGCUACAUCAGGAGCUCAAAUCCCGAUUUUUAUUACGGCCGGCGGCGAUCAAUCUCCGACGGAACUUUCUCGAUGCGGCCAUGCUCAGAAUCCAGUUCUCGAUAGUGACGGCACCGCAAUAGUGCCUACAGGAUGGGGCGACGAGGAAGAUUUCGGUUCGAGCAGUGCACGGAAACUAUCAAUGAUGUAUUCAAAUGAUGCUUCAUGCGGCAUAGCAAAGGAGAGUUCCUGGGACCAUAGACAGUAUUGGAACGGCACGAAAUAUGGAAACUGGCGAAAUGGGAGAGGCAUGACACGUCGAUUCGAUUCGAAACCUUGGCCUGUGACGGACAAAGGCGAAUAUUAUCGAGUUAAGGAUAACUCGAGAGGUUUUCGCGGCAGGAGGAAGAACUACACAGAUGAAUACUAUUACUGGCAUCCUUCUGCUUUUAGAGAUAAUGAUCAGAGAUGAGCUGAAUCAGUUGGUGUUUGGCAAUGAAGUAAGUCUGUAUGCUUUAUUUCUUAAUAGUGUGUGUAAGAAUAGGAGCAAUAGUUUUCUUCCAUUCUCUAUAUCAAUACAUACAUAUAGAUAGAUAUAGCUUUAAAUUUUUAAAUUUGUUCUAGUGAGAAGUAAAUAUAAAUGAACCUCUGGUUGCUUGAGGCAGCAGUUCAGUAUAAAUAAGACAGAAAUAUUUGCA